CCUGAGUUGAUUGAGAGGGUUGAAUCAUUCUGUUCUAAAGAAAAUCUUCCAGUAACUCAGAUAUUAGGAAUUGCUUGUUUUAUAUUUCAGACUGCAUAGAUUGUAGAUUGAAGGCGUGGUUUAUUAAAUUAACCGUUACAACAAUAGUACUCGGAAAUGAAACAUAAGCGGGAUUUAAAGCUACUACUUCAUCCAUACUUUAUCGUGAAUAUGCUACUUAGCGCUCUUUUUUUUAUAUCAAAAACUGUCCCAUUAUUUUGUACAUGGAUGUAUGAUGAUUGUUACAUCAAUCUCCAAGAAUAUGAAAUGUUGAUAUUUUUAGGAAGCUUCGUCGCAUUGCGCAAUAAGCGUCAAUUCUCUAUUCCCGAUUAUCUUGCUCAUUUCUACAUGUUUGCUAAAAUCGUUAGUCUACUUAUGUUCUGGAAACAGAAUGUUGUAUAUGCCAUAUUAUAUGGUGUUUUAUGGUUAGUGCAAGCCUGUUUUUUACAACAACCUGUUUAUAAUGGGCCCGAUAAAGUUUUAUACUUGCGAGAUACUACCUUUGAACAAGAAGUUAUUCGUGGUAACCCUAAGGUAACAUGGCUCGUUGCUUUUUAUACUGUGUGGUCACCUGCGUGUACUAAACUACAACCUAUUUUUGCAGAACUGUCAGAAGAAUUUGGAACAGAUCUUAUGAAGUUUGGCAAAAUCGAUGUAAUACGAUAUCCAGAUGUCGGCGUCAAACACAACAUUGAUACAUCCUCCUGGUCUAAACAGCUUCCUACUCUGAUUUUAUUUCGUCAAGGUCAUGAACUGACACGCAGACCAGCUAUAAUCAAUACACCUAAGAAAACAGUACAGAAAUUCACAUUCACUUGGGAUAAUAUGAUCAAUGCUUUUUCAUUAAAUGAAAUAUACACUAACCAGAAACAAACUUCUAGCGCUGCAAAUCAGUGUGGUUCAGCUGGUUCAACAGAUAAAGAUAAGAAAAACCUGUGAAAACAUACGGUUUCAUCGAGAUAUUGUGUUAGGUACUUUAUCUAGUCUUUCUUAUAUCUUUUAUUUGAACGACCUGCAUCUGUAAAUUAAUUUCACCAGUUAAUUUUUUCGCACAAUGUUUCGGUACUCAACCAAAUUUUUACUCAGUUAAAUUGACUUCCAUAGUUGAAUGCCUUAGUUACUUCUGUCUUAAUGCUUUGUACAAAUUUAAGUACUCUUUAAAUGUCUUAUAUUGUAAAAAUGUUUUACUCUGAUUGAUAAACAGCUUGCAAGCAUGCUGUUGAUAGACUAGUUGUAACCAGGUAUUUUUUAAAACUUGUUUACUGAUGUGUCGCAUGACAACAGUUAUUACUGUUUAAAGUAAAUUAGAUAAAAUAAGAUGUUAACUCAUGAGUUGGUGGAUGAGAGACUUAUGUUUAGACUAUUGAAUCACUGUUUCCUUAAGAAUAGUUCUGUCUAGUUACAAAACAGAUAUAUCACAUUUUAAAGGUUCAUUUGCAUUUAGUUUAGUUUCACUACAACAUAGACAAUAUUUUGGUGAGAUGCACUAUCUCGACCCUUAUUUACACAGAAUGCGGCCCUUUUAUUCUUAUCGUACCACCAAAAUGCUUUGAAAACUGAUAAUUAAAUAAUGUAGUUGUUGUUUUCAAGGUAAACAGCUUUGCUGCAGAUUUCUAGUUUACUUUGGGCUGUUUCCUAAUAAACGUGUUUUUCUUAGUUCUGCAGCAUAAAGACAAAAGGUUUUUAUGCACAUUCUCCUGUACGUUGGAUUCCAUGACCAUGUAAUCCGAUUCGUGAUAUCUUACUGCUUUUAUCUUUUUCAAAUGCAAGUCUUCGACAUUCUUCGUUUCGAAAUGUAUUUAUCCGCCCG